AUGUUGGACUUAAUUUUGGGAUAUGUGCUCUUCUUACUCGCAAUUAUCCCCAUCACUGUAUAUUUCAACCAAUUCCUAUUCUUCAUAUUCGCCUUUUACGUUUCAAUUCGGAAGUUUUACAAAAAAGAUAACUCUCCCCUUGAAUACCUUCCAGGCGUUACGAUAGUAAAACCUCUAACUGGAGUGGAUCCCCUGUUAGAAGGAAACAUAAUUAGUCACAUGGAACUUCGGUAUCCUAAUCUUGAAAUUAUCUUUUGUGUGGAAGAUCCAAAUGAUCCAGCUAUUGAGUUAGUCGAAUCUCUCUUUCGUAAAUAUCCCAAAGUCGACGCGCGUCUUAUUAUAGGGGGAAAUGGAAAUGUGAUAAAUCCCAUGGUGAAUAACUUUCUUCCUGGUUACGAAUCAGCCAAAUAUGAUCUCGUUUGGAUUAGCACAAGCCGUAUCAAAGCGAAUACAGAUAUCAUUGUGGAUCUUGUUAGAAAAUUGGAAGAUCCGCGCGUCGCCCUUGUUCAUCAAGUCCCCUACGUUACUGAUCAAAGAGGCUUCAUGAAUGCCAUCGAAAAAGUAUGUUUUGGCUGUGCUUUGGGUCGCAGUGCAAUUGCUCUCAAUCAUAUGGGCAUGCUCUGUUUCACUGGAAUGUCGUACAUGCUCCGCAAAUCUCUCCUCGACAAAUUCGGUGGUUUCGCUAGAUUUGGAAAAUUUCUCGCAGAGGACUACUUUUUCUCCAAGGAGCUCUUUGAGAAUGGCUAUAAGGUUGUCCUCUCUUCUUACCCGGCUCAACAGAAUGUGGCUAAUGUGACGCUGGAUGUCUAUACCACGCGGAUGGUUCGGUGGUUACGUCUUCGACUCAAUAUGCUCACAAUUGUGGCAGUGCUUUUCGAACCCAUGAUUGAAUGCCUCAAUUUGGGUGUGUUAAUGAUCUUUUCACUCGGCUACCUCUUUGGAAUCAGUGGUCUUACUACUAUGACCGUGCAUAUCGCCUUUUGGAUGACUUUAGAUUACUUCCUUCUUCGAUUUGUUCAGGGUGGAUCACUGCCUUUUGGUAUAGUGACCUUCUUUUUUGCCUGGUGGGCACGCGAGAUCCUGACCUAUCUCGUCUACUUCAAGGCUAUCCUACAUCCCCGUACUGUCAAGUGGGGCAAGAAUACCUAUCACCUUUCCCUAGGAGGUCACACAGAGCUCCUUAAUGGUCCUAAUAGUGGAUACAGUAGUAAGAAUGCUAACAGUAUCUCCAUUCACAAUAGCAUCGGAUCCGUACCAAAACGCAGUAGAUCAAUUGAUCAAUUACCCCUUCCUGUCAAUGAGAUGAUUCCAGUUGCUUCCCAAGCAAAGAUGUCUACUGCUGCUGGUUCUCUACCCAAAACUUUCGCAGGAAUCGCUACGGCAAUGAAUGGCGAACACACGUGGAGGCAUUUCACACAGAAUGGCUACAUUCGGGGCUCCCUAGAUCACCAACAUAUCACCCUCAUAUCAGAUGCCUAA